AUAGAUGCAUAAAUUACCUAACUCCACUGGCCACCAGGAAGCACCUUUGACAACUAUGGCAUGACGAAGCUUUAAGCAUCCUCCCUCUGCACCCAACUUUCCAGCUACUUUCAUUAAUCUACUUCCUACUCCUACUCAUACUCCUACUACUUUUAUGGGUUUUGGGCUUUUAACUGGUUUCUGCUUCCAGGGUUUUCUUCCAUAGAUCUGAACUUCAAACCCCACUUCAAUUUGUACUCGUUUUGCCUUUUCGGAGGCUAAGAGAACAUGUCAUCUAAUGGGCAUUGUUUUAGAAGAAAGCCUCGCCUGCCAGUUGCUGCAAAUCUGAAUGUCGACUCACUGCUUGAUGAAAAUUUGGAGCAGUGGCCACAUUUAAAUGAACUUGUUCAGUGCUACAAAACUGACUGGAUAAAGGAUGAAAACAAGUAUGGGCACUACGAAAGUGUCGGCAAUGUAUCCUUUCAGAAUCAGAUAUUUGAAGGACCUGAUACUGAUAUUGAAACAGAAAUACAUCUUGCCAAUGCUAGGCAAGAUAAGAUUGAAGACAAUACUGAUGAUGAUGUACCCAGUACCUCCGGUAGACAGCUUACAGAGCACUAUGGUGAAUCCCCACUACCUGCGUAUGAACCUGUAUUUGACUGGGAAAAUGAGAGGUCAAUGAUAUUUGGACAAAGAAUUCCAGAAUCUAAUAUGCCACAGUCUUCGAGUGGGUUGAAGAUUUCUGUAAAAGUUCUUUCCCUGUCAUUUCAAGCAGGAUUAGUUGAGCCGUUUUAUGGCACUAUAUCGUUGUACAAUAAAGAGAGAAGAGAAAAGCUGUCAGAGGACUUCAUUUUUCGUGUUGUGCCAUCUGAAAUGCAGGACCAGGCCAGCAGUUCUUCUGAACCCCGUGGACUUUUUUAUUUAGACACUCCAUCAUCAUCAGUUUGCCUGCUUAUACAGUUAGAGAAGUGUGCUACUGAAGAAGGCGGAGUGACCCCAUCUGUUUAUUCGCGCAAAGAACCAGUCCAUCUUACUGAGAGAGAAAAGCAGAAACUACAAGUUUGGUCUCGGAUGAUGCCUUAUAGAGAGUCCUUUUCUUGGGCAAUUAUUCCGCUGUUCGAUAGCAACAUUGGUUCAGCUUCUGGUGGAUCUGCUUCCCCCAGCAGUCCACUUGCACAUAGUCUAUCAGGAGUAAAUUUGCAGGAGGGUGUCUCUGAGCCUAUCACAAAGGUCACAUUAGACGGACAACUGGGUUACUCGAGUGGAAAUUCUGUUGUUGUGGAAGUGUCAAACCUGAAUAAAGUUAAGGAGAGCUAUACCGAGGAUUCUCUCCAGGAUCCCAAACGGAAGGUUCAUAAGCCCGUGAAAGGUGUCUUACGGUUGGAAAUAGAAAAAAUUCAAGCUGCUAAUACCGAAUAUGACAAUGCUUCAGAUAGUGGCAGUAUUACCAAUGAUAUGGACCAUGGGGAUCGAGUAGCUGAUUCCAUGGUCAAUGAGUGGCGCAGCAUUCAUUCAAAUAGACAUCAUAGUGGUUAUUCAAAGUUCAGUGACGGUAAAGAACAACCCUCAAAUGGAUCAGUUGCAACAGGGCAUGCAGAUGUGACUACUAAUGAUGUUCAAGCUUUUGACUUCCGCACAACAAUUAGAAACGAGCCUUUCUUGCAGCUUUUUCAUUGUCUUUAUGUAUACCCAUUGACUGUUAGUUUAAGUCGGAAACGGAAUUUGUUUAUACGAAUUGAACUCAGAAAGGACGAUGCUGAUACUCGAAAACAGCCACUAGAGGCAAUGUAUUCAAGGGAGCCGGGUACAUCUCUACAAAAAUGGGCUCACACACAAGUUUCUCCUGGAAAUAGGGUGGCUUGCUACCAUGAUGAAAUUAAAGUUUCACUUCCUUCUAUGUGGACCCCCCAACAUCACCUUUUGUUCACUUUCUUCCAUAUUGACCUUCAGACAAAGUUGGAGGCUCCAAAGCCAGUAAUUAUUGGAUAUGCUGCUCUUCCAUUAUCAACACACGCUCAGUUAAGAUCGGACAUCUCUAUACCAAUCAUGAAAGAGCUGGUUCCACACUAUCUUCAAGAUAGUGGCAAGGAGAGGCUGGAUUACCUGGAAGACGGGAAAAGUGUCUUUCGCUUACGGUUACGACUUUGUUCGUCCUUGUACCCUGUUAGUGAGCGUAUCAGGGAUUUUUUUCUUGAAUAUGACAGACACACUCUUCGUACAAGCCCACCUUGGGGUUCUGAACUUCUUGAGGCAAUCAACAGUUUGAAAAAUGUUGAUUCAACUGCCUUGCUGCAGUUUCUUCACCCAAUAUUGAAUAUGCUUCUCCAUCUUAUUGGCAACGGUGGAGAAACUCUCCAGGUUGCUGCUUUCAGAGCUAUGGUUAAUAUUUUGACACGAGUACAGCAAGAGUCGGUCGAUGAAGCUGAAAGAAAUAUAUUUCUGGUCAACUAUGUGGACUAUGCUUUUGAUGAUUUUGGUGGUCGACAAACUCCGGUAUAUCCUGGUUUGUCGACAGUUUGGGGAAGUUUGGCUCGUAGCAAGGCCAAAGGCUACCGAGUUGGACCAGUAUAUGAUGAUGUCCUCUCAAUGGCUUGGUUUUUCCUUGAAUUGAUUGUAAAGUCGAUGGCACUUGAGCAGACUCGACUGUUGUAUCAUAAUCUGCCUCUAGGUGAAGAUAUCCCACCAAUGCAAUUGAAAGAAGGUGUAUUUAGAUGCAUCAUGCAAUUAUAUGAUUGCCUCCUGACAGAGGUGCAUGAGCGUUGUAAGAGGGGUUUAAGUUUGGCAAAACGUUUAAACAGCAGUUUGGCUUUCUUUUGUUACGAUCUUUUGUCAACCAUUGAACCUCGGCAAGUUUUUGAAUUGGUGUCCUUGUACCUGGAUAAGUUCUCUGGGGUGUGUCAAUCGGUGUUGCAUGAUUGCAAGCUUACCUUUCUACAAAUCAUAUGUGACCAUGAUCUAUUUGUUGAAAUGCCUGGGCGGGAUCCUUCUGAUAGGAACUAUCUUUCAUCUGUCUUAAUUCAAGAACUUUUCCUUACUUGGGAUCAUGAUGAUUUAUCUCAGCGGGCAAAAGCAGCAAGGAUUUUGGUAGUCCUCUUAUGCAAGCAUGAUUUUGAUUCUCGCUACCAGAAGCCUGAGGAUAAAUUGUAUAUUGCGCAGUUAUACUUUCCACUUGUGGGACAGAUACUAGAUGAAAUGCCUGUAUUCUAUAACCUGAAUACUGUUGAAAAGCGUGAGGUGUUGAUUGUAGUUCUGCAAAUAUUACGCAACUUGGAUGAUGCGUCGCUUGUGAAGGCGUGGCAGCAGAAUAUUGCUCGAACAAGGCUAUUUUUCAAACUACUUGAGGAGUGCCUAGUUCUUUUUGAGCACAGAAAAACUGUUGAUAGCUUGCUUAUAGGCGGCAGUUCUCGGAGUCCAGUUGCUGAUGCACCUAUGUCUCCAAAGUACUCUGAUAGGCUUUCUCCUGCCAUUAAUCAGUAUCUCUCUGAGGCAUCUCGACAAGAAGUUCGGCCACAGGGUGCAUCUGAGAAUGGAUAUUUAUGGCAGAGAGUGAACUCCCAGCUGAGCUCUCCUAGCCAACCAUUUUCCUUAAGAGAAGCUCUUGCUCAGGCACAAUCUUCUAGAAUUGGAGCUUCAACCCAAGCACUGAGGGAAUCUCUGCAUCCAGUUUUGAGGCAAAAACUUGAACUUUGGGAAGAAAACCUUAGUGCUGCUAUCAGUCUUCAAAUCCUGGAAAUAACAGAGAAGUUCUCUAGAUCUGCUGCAUCACAUGGUAUUGCAACUGAUUAUGGAAAGUUGGAUUGCAUGACAUCCAUAUUUACAAGUAUCUUCUCACGCAGUCAAGCACUGGCAUUCUGGAAAGCACUAUUCCCAGUAUUCAACAGUGUAUUUCAGCUUCAUGGGGCAACAUUAAUGGCAAGGGAAAACGAUCGUUUCUUAAAACAAAUUGCUUUCCAUCUUCUUAGGCUCGCUGUUUUCCGUAAUGAGAAUAUCAGGAAAAGAGCUGUGAUUGGAUUGCAAAUCCUUGUCAGGAGCUCUUUCUCUCACUUCACACAGACAGCAAGAUUAAGGGCCAUGCUUACAAUUACUUUGUCAGAGCUGAUGUCUGAUGUCCAAGUAACUCAGAUGAAAUCUGAUGGAACACUUGAAGAAAGUGGUGAAGCAUGCCGACUUCGUAGAUCCCUAGAGGAAAUGUCAGAUGAAAGCAAGAGCGGGAACUUACUUACGGAAUGCGGACUUCCAGAGUCUUCACUUGUUGCCAUCCCAGAAAAAUCAACAGAAAGUCGGUGGUCCUGGUCAGAAGUGAAAUUUUUAUCUAAUAGCCUUCUUCUGGCCCUUGAUGCUAGUCUGGAACAUGCACUUUUGGGAUCACUUAUGAACACAGAUAGGUAUGCGGCUGCAGAGAGUUUCUAUAAGCUUGCCAUGGCAUUUGCUCCAGUGCCAGAUCUUCAUAUAAUGUGGUUACUGCAUCUAUGUGAUGCACAUCAGGAAAUGCAAUCUUGGGCUGAAGCUGCACAAUGUGCUGUUGCUGUUGCUGGUGUUGUAAUGCAGGCUCUUGUGAGCAGAAAUGAUGGAGUUUGGAGCAAUAAUCAUGUCACUGCUUUGCGCAAAAUAUGCCCGAUGGUCAGCACUGAGAUCACAUCUGAGACCUCUGCAGCAGAAGUGGAAGGAUAUGGUGCUUCGAAACUCACGGUUGAUUCUGCUGUCAAAUACUUGCAGCUUGCAAAUAAGCUUUUCUCUCAAGCUGAGCUGUAUCAUUUUUGUGGAAGCAUUUUGGAACUUGUAAUUCCAGUUUAUAAGAGCAGGAGGUCUUAUGGACAGCUAGCCAAAUGCCAUAGUAUGCUAACCAAUAUCUAUGAAUCAAUCCUAGAACAAGAAUCAAGUCCAAUACCAUUUACAGAUGCCACAUAUUAUCGGGUGGGAUUCUAUGGUGAAAAGUUUGGGAAGCUUGAUAAAAAAGAAUAUGUAUACCGAGAGCCUCGUGAUGUAAGGUUGGGUGACAUAAUGGAGAAGCUUAGUCAUAUAUACGAGUUGAGGAUGGAUGGUAAUCAUACCUUGCACAUAAUUCCCGACUCGAGACAAGUAAAAGCAGACGAGUUGCAGCCUGGUGUCUGCUAUCUGCAAAUUACUGCUGUUGAUCCAGUCAUGGAAGAUGAGGAUCUUGGAAGCAGAAGGGAGAGGAUUUUUUCUCUUUCUACUGGAUCCGUUCGUGCACGUGUGUUUGACCGUUUCUUGUUUGAUACCCCUUUCACGAAAAAUGGUAAGACCCAAGGUGGAUUGGAAGACCAGUGGAAGCGACGAACAGUUGUUCAAACCGAGGGUUCAUUUCCUGCUUUAGUGAAUAGGCUCUUGGUUACUAAAUCCGAAUCGCUUGAGUUUUCUCCAGUGGAGAAUGCCAUUGGUAUGAUCGAAACUCGAACAGCUGCCCUAAGAAAUGAACUCGAAGAGCCUCGUAGCUCUGAUGGAGAUCAGCUUCCACGUCUCCAGAGUUUACAGAGGAUACUUCAGGGAUCCGUUGCAGUGCAAGUGAACAGUGGUGUAUUGAGUGUGUGCACAGCUUUCUUAUCGGGUGAGCCUGCAACAAGACUUCGGUCUCAGGAACUGCAACAACUCAUUGCUGCUCUUCUUGAAUUCAUGGCUGUGUGUAAACGUGCCAUUCGGGUGCAUUUUAGACUCAUCGGGGAUGAAGACCAGGAUUUCCACACACAACUGGUGAACGGGUUUCAGUCGCUCACAGCCGAGUUGUCCCAUUACAUUCCUGCAAUCCUUUCAGAGCUCUGAUUCUCUCUCUCUUUGUAUUGUUAAUGGUGGUUUGGUUUGUGUGUUUGCAUUUUCAAUCAUUUGUUCAUGUAUCAUGGUUGAUAAUGUUUGAAUAGGAUUGGUUUCUUAGGUUUCUUGGAUUUUGUUGAAUAGAAGAAUCUUUUGUAACUGUAUAUUUCUUUUUUUUGAUUCAACAGUUUGGCUUGCCUCAUUUGUGAGUUUAA